UUCUCAGCAAACAACAUGGUUUUGGUUUUCUAUCUGCAUAGCAGCUCUCUGUCGCUGGCAUUGACUGUUCAGGCCAAUGUGAACGCUGAGCGGAUUAAGUCCUUUUGUUUUGCUGUUACCGCAGGAAGGGGAGCCAAACGGUGCUGUCUUGAAAGAGCUGUAUUCGCUUCACAGGCUGAGAAGCGUGAAAUGUCUGUCGUGUCAGACUGCCUUAAGUGCAUUAGAAUGGAAAGGAGCAACAGAAUGGAGUCCUCAUGCUUGGAUCUGGCCCUCGAAGGUGAAAGGCUCUGUAAGGCUGGUAAUUAUCCCGCUGGUGUGUCUUUCUUUGAGUCUGCCAUCCAGGUUGGAACCGAGGACCUCCAAAUCCUCAGCGCAAUCUAUAGCCAACUCGGCAAUGCUUACUUUCACUUGCAGCAGUACAACAAAGCCUUGGAGUACCAUCGACAUGAUCUUACACUCACAAGGACGAUUGGCGAUGAACCUGGGGAGGCGAAAGCUAGUGGCAACCUUGGGAACACAUUAAAGCUUUUAGGACGCUAUAAUGAAGCUGUGGUUUGUUGCCAAAGACAUUUAGACAUCACCAGAGCUAUGUGUGAUAAGGUUGGGCAGGCCCGAGCACUGUAUAAUUUUGGGAACGUUUACCACGCCAAGGGUAAAAGCAUCUGUUGGUCUGGGACAGAGCCAGGAGAGUUUCCAGAGGAAGCAAGGAUAGCCCUAAGGAAAGCUUCUCAGUAUUAUGAGGCAAACUUGCUUUUGGUAAAGGAGUUGGGGGAUCAUGCUGCUCAGGGUCGCACUUAUGGGAACCUUGGUAACACUUAUUAUCUACUGGGUGAUUUUCAAACUGCUGUUGCAGCACAUGAAAAGCGCCUUCUCAUUGCCAAAGAGUUUGGAGACAAGUCUGCUGAGAGGAGGGCGCACUGUAACCUUGGCAAUGCUCAUAUAUUCCUCAGCCAAUUUGAAAUGGCGGCUAGUCAUUAUAAGAGGACUCUACAGCUGGCCCGGCUUUUAAAAGACAAGGCAGUGGAAGCCCAAGCCUGUUACAGUCUGGGUAACACCUACACACUCCUUCAGGACUAUGAAAGAGCUAUUGAUUAUCACCUCAAACAUCUGGUAAUUGCUCAGGACCUCAACGACAGGAUUGGUGAGGGAAGGGCAUACUGGAGUCUAGGAAAUGCCCACACUGCCCUGGGGAACCACGAGCAAGCUAUGCACUUUGCGGAAAAACAUCUGGAAAUUGCCAAAGAGACUGGAGACAAAAGUGGCGAAGCUACUGCACAGAUGAAUUUGUCAGACCUGCGGCUAGUUGUGGGUUUAAAGUCCAACAUCUAUUCCAACAUCCUCAGCAAAGCUAACAACACAUCUCUGUCAGUAAGCCAACAGAGUUACCUCAACAUGUCAGGGACUAAGUCACCAUCAAGGAGGCAAGGAAGUGCGGAAAACCUGGACACGAGUCCAAAACAUUCUGGAGAUUCAUCGUUUCAUCAGGAAUGGGAGGAAGACCGAAUCUCAAAGUCUUCAAAAAACAACACAAUAAAGGCUUCAACUAAGCUCUUCCUCUUUCACCGACUAAAAAGCAAGAAACAUAAAAACAAAUCCCCAAAAAACCAGCACGAAAGCCUGUCAGAUCAAUCAGGUCCUGACUUGGACCCACCAGUGUCUCCUCAGCCAGCAUCUAAGGACACAAUUGGGGAGGAUGGCUUUUUCGACCUUCUCUCUCGUUUCCAAGGAAACAGAAUGGAUGACCAAAGGUGCACUCUUUUAGAUGGUUCAAACCAUCAGCCUGCCAGUUCCUCUCCCUCAUCUACCCCACCUGUAGCUGAAAGGAAAUCUAUACUGGAGUGCGAGGUACCCUUGCAGGAUCCUGGUCAUUUCCUGGAGCUGCUGGCCAGCUCCCAGGCCCGUCGCCUGGACGACCAACGAGUCAGCCUGAACCAUUUUCCUGGCUUGAGACUCAGCACCUGCAACCGGCCCAGUACACCCUCCACCUCCAGCGAAAACCAAGAGCCCUCACAAGGCCCCAUUUCCUGUGCAGACCCAGCUCACACACCCUCCCAGUACAACUGCAUCGAGACCUGCGCUAGCCAACCGGAAGGGGAUGAUGUCUUCUUUGACAUGCUAGUUAAGUGCCAGGGCUCCAGACUGAAUGACCAAAGGUGCGCUGCGCCACCCUCUGCCACACGUGGACCAACUGUCCCAGAUGAGGAUUUCUUUAGUCUCAUCUUGCGUUCACAGUCAAACAGGAUGGAAGAGCAGCGAGUGGUACCACCGUCUGACGUCAGUCAGUCCAAACCAGACUGACGUAUGGAACUAAAUUUCAAUCUUUAAUAUUUUAGGAUUCAAAAUUGAACAGCUAUGCUCCUGUUUUGUUUCAUUUUUAAAAUGUUCUUAAUCUUGCGUCAAUCAUGUGAAAGACUCACAUGUUCAUAGAGACAAUUAUACCGGCAACUGGCAAAUGGUAACUUUCUGGAAAUAUAACACUUGCACACAGAGUUUUUAAGUGGCAAAUUCUCAUGAAUGUCAGCAUCUUUUGAUAGUGCCUCUAAAUGACAUUGAAAUAGAGCAAAAUGAAACAAGAAGGGAAUUAUGAACUUGACAUAUUCCUUUUGGAGGUCACUGGAAGAUCCCUGCCCUUAUGCAAACGCACAAACCUGGACAUCUUUUGGGAUUGGUGCCGCCUUUUCAGAUUAAUGCCAACCUAGUGUUCCUGUUUUGGCAUACUACUUAUAUGGAGUUGAGUGUUGAAACAUUAUUUUAUUCCUGUUUUCAAAUAAUUUAACAAAUGGUCAUUGGGACAUGUACUGUAUUGCCCCUGGACUAAAGUGUGUCUGGGCCAAAUGUUUCUUUGCCAUUCAUAAAACAAGUUUUAUCUUAAGUAUUUUAAGCAUGUACUGCAUAUUUAAGUGCCAUCACUAUUUUUCUUCAAGGCCACACUUUCUAUGGGAGUUUCACUGGUGGAAAAAAAUAUAUCUUUGAACGCCAAACUGAAAAGGUCUCAAAACAAGCAUCAGAUAAAAAUAAAAUCAUUUUAUUCUUAUGUAUUCAAUGAUUCCUUAUGUGCAAAUCUCAACUCAAGCAUUCAAAGUGACAUUUAGUAGUAGCGUUACAAAAUUUAAAGGGGAAUCUUUUGCUACAUACCAAUACAGCUUUUUACAGUUUUUACAUUUCAUUGAAAAUACUGAAAUAGCAUCUGGACAAAUGUUUAUUUUACACAUCUUGUUUUCCUUGUAUUCAAAAACAAAAUGAACAAAAUGAGUUUUACCUUCAUUGUGCAAACGUGACAAAUGUUUCAUGUAGUGUUGUUCUCCUUGCUUAUUCACAAUUUUGCAAACCUAAAAAGGGAUUUUCUUCACUUACUGUAAUUUUCAAUAAUUUGGAUACACUAUUCAUUUGAAGUCAACCUCUCGUGAUGCUCUUUGCACCUGAAAUGACAGAGGAUCAGUUUGGAUUUAGUGACAUCUAGUGGUAUGAAUGCAGACUAUCCCCCGAGGCCUUCAAUAUGUGUGGGGGACGGUGAAUCACCAACAUUUUCAUGAGUCCCGUCAUU